UGUCCUCUCUCUACAGAACUAGAUGAGUGCCUGUCUAACCCCUGUACAGGAAGGACCUGUGUGGACAGAUUUAACCCUGACAAUCCCACACCAGUUAGGUCUCUACAGCUCCGUAACAUUUCUUCAACUGUCCUCCUGGCCACCUGGGAGGAACCAGAAGCCCUGAAUGGAGAACUGUUGUACUAUCAAGUGGAACUAUUCAGAGGCUUUAUAAAGGUUGCUGAUAACACAGUGUACCCAGGAAAUGCUCUACGAGUUAACUAUGAGGGAUUGGUUCCAGCAACAGAAUACACAGUUAGAGUUGUUCCCUUCAACCUUGGUCCUUGUAGAGGAAUUGAAAGUAGAACCAACAUGACAACCAGUGAUGGACUACCCAGUGCUCCAAGAGGAGUAUAUCUGUCCAGAAGUCAGUCUGCAUGUGUUGUACAGUGGGAUGUACCAAAGACUCCGAAUGGCACCAUCAUCAAAUACACUAUCUACCUGACCGCCAUGUGGAUAGAUGCUCCCCCUGGUGCCCAGGCUGUGGAGUACAGCCAGGAGAAUUUCAACCCUUACACCAGAAUGGGAACCUUCCCUCUGCGCUUCCUGACCCCCAACUCCUGGUACAAGUUCAACAUGACGGCAUCCACGUACGCAGGGCAGGGGGAGUUCAGCAGCUACACGGCCAGUACCAGUACGUGUGAGGUCCCACCUGGGAAACCCAUAACCCCCUCUCCCCCGGCGAUGCCACAGGCGGCUGAUGUCAUCAAACAUAACGGCUAUCCCAUAACGCUCUCACAGGUGUCGGAGAGGACUGGACCUGUGGAAUGUUACCAUGUGCUUGUUGUGGAGUUGAAAGAUGAAAUGUCGUUGAGGACAAUGCCGAAUGUCGACCAGCUGAAGGUGGUGUCCCAACAAGAAGCCGCUUCAUCAGGCAACAAUGUUACUGCCUAUGUGGCCAUGGCAUUUAAUAGGGAUGACUUUGUGGAGGAUGUUUUCCUGGGUGAUGGUAGGAAGACAUCUUGUGCUGGCACUGGCAGAAGAAAGCGUGAACAGUCAGUAGAGGACAUCUAUGAUGAAGUGUACACCAACUCUCCCCUUAAACCAGGUACAAGAUACACCGUAGUGCACAGGGUUUAUGGCAGCAAGCCUCAGGAUGGCUCUCAGCCCCUGUACAGCAGCAGUGGUUACUCCCUUCCCAUCAUGACUGCGCCGUCCCCGGGUAACAACUGGAUGCUGAUCCUCAUCAUCCUCUGUUCAGCUGUGAUCGUCCUCAUCAUUCUUACUGUCUUGAUCCUUCUCAUCAGGCGACGAAAGCAACGCCCUCCCCGCCAUGUCCGUGAGGAUAUUUCAGAUGUGGAAGGGUUUUCUGAUACACCGUUCAUUUCAGACCAAACCGGCUUGAGAAUGCAAGAAGUCACAAGAACUGCUGAUGUGGCUGAUGGGGACCCAACUUCAACUAGGCACCACGGUGAACAUCAUGGCUCCAAACCGACUAUCAUGGAGAACUACAGACCCCUCCCGCUGAAGAUUAUGGCAAUCAGCGACCGCGACUUGACUUGGGACGACAUCUCUCUGACCUCCAGGCUCCUUGGAACAGGCAACUUUGGAGAGGUCCGGAAGGGAACAGUCAAUCUGGAUGGUGAAAGGUUGCCAUCGGCAAUCAAAGUACUGAAACGUGGUGCAGAUGAGGCUGCCAGGCAAGACUUUCAACAAGAAGUGGACAUCAUGCGCCAUGUUGGCUACCAUCCUUAUAUCAUCAACCUCUUGGGAACCUGUGACCACCAAGGUCAACAGUAUAUGGCUCUAGAAAUGGCCGGAAAUGGCGAUCUGAAGAAGUACCUGAGAACAUCUCGGGUUCUGGAAACGACAAGUGCAGCCUACGGCAACACCCGUCAGACUGCCGGCACCGUGUCCACCCUGUCACCGGUCCAGCUCCUCCGUAUCGCCUGUGACGUGGCGACGGGGAUGGAACACCUGUCUUCUAAAGACGUGAUCCACCGUGACCUGGCGGCCAGGAAUGUUCUCCUGACAGACAGCCUCAUCGCCAAGGUUGCUGACUUCGGCCUGUCACGUGGGGAUGGCAUCUAUGAACAAACGUCUAAAAGAGCUGUUCCGUUCCGAUCCACUGCGCUGGAGGCGCUGAGCAAGAGGAUAUACACAACACAGAGUGACGUGUGGUCUUUCGGAAUUCUACUCUGGGAGAUUGUGACUUUGGGUGGAACCCCGUAUAGCGGAAUGAAAUCAGGACUUCUGUUGAGAAGGCUACGCGAAGGAUACAGGAUGCCAAAGCAAAGGAACUGUGAUGAAGACUUGUACCAGAUGAUGCUGCAGUGCUGGCAGCGCCGUCCUGAGGACAGACCGACCUUCUCUGACCUGGUGGAACAACUGAAGAACAUGAUGGAGGACAAGAGCAGCUACGUCAACAUUGAGAACGAUGACGAUUUCGAGUAUGAGAUCAUUGACUCUGAUGACAAUGAUGACAUAGAUGAUGGUGAUGAUGCAUUCACAGGAUAGGAAGAACAGGUUGACUUCUGUCAACAUGCCAAUGUGUCUGUGCCGUUAAAGUGUGUUUUGUCAGGUAUAGAUUUUUGUUUUGUUUUUGUGAAGUCACUUUUAAUACAGUUGGUUAUGGUUGGUUAUACUUUGUAAUCAACAACGUUUACCAUGUUCCAUUUACUAUUACUAGAACUUAUUCAAAGAAGUCGCAAAUAUUUUCCCAAGUUUUUCAUACCUCAACCAACAACAAAAGACUAUAUUAUUGCUAAAGUCUCCCAACCCAUUUAUUUUUCAAAGAGUCGGACAAUUUAUCUCACAUAGCCUCCUGAGAAGAUGUAAAAACCCCUAGUAGCAUGGCAAGAAUAGUUUAAUACAAUAGAAUAGAUUAGAAUAGCAGUUACCUUGUUCCUCUUACCUGUUCAUAUAUUGCAUAUCUACUGUUUAUUCUGUAUGUAUACUAACGUUAUUAGAUUUAAGUAGAGAUAGUAGGUUUGAUAAAUAUAUCGUACACAUAGAACUUCACGUUAGCAAAUAGUCUUAUAUCACUACAUUUUUCUUGUCAUAUCUGUUUGCAAUUAACCCUCGGGCAUGAAUUAUAAUUCCAUAGCACAGCAUGAGUAUUGAUUUUUUUAAAUCAUUCAAGUAAAACUGUUUACGUUUCAAUGUUACAAAUGCAUACAUGCUUGUAAAAUGUUCUGAUGCUACAUGUAUGCAUUGCAAGGCUUCGUGUUGUCUGUAUUGGAAUGGGUUUUAGUGGAAUUUUUUACUUGCGUGUUAACUGUAUAUUUACUACAAUAACACUUAAAUUGAGUUAACUUGUCUAGAGUUCAUUUGUACCUAUGUUUAUUUCCAUCAACGUAAUUAAUAAUCACAUUUACAUGUCUAUAUAUCAGUGUGGGUGAGGUUUUAGUAAUGUUAAAUAUGUACUUGGUCAGCUGUACAGUCACUGUUUUGUAUCCGUGACUUUUUUUUAUCUACAUACGAAUUGGUUCUUAUUGGAUGUCGAUCGUCAAGCGAUGAUGGUUAUUGAUAAUGUUUUAAAUCAAUUGCGUUUACCUUCGGGUUCAUAAUGUCAUUCAUAACUCUGUCGCCCAGCUUUAGUACUUAUGUUUACAUCAUUCAAGUAAAAAAGUGAUAAUCCAAUGACUCAAAUAAUACUUGUAUAUAGACCAAUAUUUUUCAAAUGUUCUUAUAUACAUGGUUGCCUUAAAAGGUAUC